AUGUGGCGGACAUCGACACUAGCAUUAUUAGCAUCAAGUGUAUUCCUCAACACUGUCAUCGCCGACACAACACUCUCGACCGAUGGCUUCAGUGAUUGCGGUGGGGACAACUCUAUCAAGGUGAACAAGGUCGAUAUUUCAUUCGAUAAGGAGACAAAUAAGGUCAAUUUCGACGUGCAGGGUGACAGUGAGAAGGAGCAGGAGGUCACUGCUACGCUCACCGUGACGGCAUAUGGCAUCAACGUGUUCAGCAAAGACUUCGACCCAUGUGACGAUGCAACCAAAGUUGAGCAGCUGUGUCCUUUACCGUCGGGCUCAUUCGGUGCCAAAGACUCAAUCGAAAUUCCCUCCGAACAAGUAAAGCAGAUCCCCAGCAUCGCGUUCAGCAUCCCUGAUCUGGACGGGGACGCCAAGCUCGUGCUCAAGGCGAGAGAUGGCGGCGCUCAGGUUGCAUGCAUCCAAUCUAACAUUUCGAACGGCAAGACAGUCGAACUCCCUGCAGUGUCAUACGUCGCAGCUGCGAUCGCCGCGGGUGCUCUGGUCGCAUCCGCAGUGGGAGCUGCAGCCUCGGGUGCAGGCUCGUCUGGUCCGAGUCCUGGCUUCUUUGAGGUGAUGUGGUGGUUCCAAGGUAUUGCGAUGAACGGCAUGCACUCUGUCAACUACCCGAGUGUAUACCGCAGCUUCACCCGCAACUUCGCAUUCUCUACUGGAUUGAUUUCGUGGCCAGCAAUGCAGAGGACCAUUGAUUCGUUCCGGGAGAAGACCGGCGGCAACACCACAGACGCGAAUUACGAUUUCCUCAAGAAUGCUACGCUCGUACUGCCGGACAACUCGACACUCCAAACGUCAAGCGGUCUCAUCAAGCGCGCCAUGCUCAUGCGCCGCGAUGAUGGCGAGGAUAAGAAAUUCGUGGAUGGAAUUUCCGCCUAUGUCGAGCAGUACUCUGUACCUGAGGAGAAUACCUUCAUGACCGUGCUGCUUGUGUUCGCAAUCGUUGUCGCUGCCUGUGUGGUUGGCAUCCUUCUGUUCAAGGUCAUUCUCGAGGCCUGGGCUCUUUGGGGAAAGUUUCCCAAGUCACUCACAACGUUUCGCAAGGAAUACUGGCGCGUUCUGGGACAAACCCUAGUCAACCUUAUUCUACUGCUCUACGGCGUUUGGACACUUUAUUGCAUAUUCCAGUUCACGCACGGCGACUCAUGGGCUGCGAAACUAUUGGCUGGAGUUGUCCUCGGACUGUUCACGGCAAUUCUGGCAUUUUACGUCUGGAAGAUCCUUUCCGUCGUCCGCAAGAUGAAGAAAACCACCGGCUCAGCGCAGAAUCUCUUCGACGACAAGCCAACGUGGAAGAAAUACUACAUCUUCUACUCCAACUACCGCACCGCAUACUGGUGGCUCUUCAUCCCCUUCAUCAUCUACAUGUUCGCCAAAGGCUGCAUCUUGGCCGCCGGAACAGGCCAUGGACUCGUCCAAUCCGCUGGCCAGCUGAUCGUUGAGAGUCUAAUGCUCGUCAUCCUGCUCUGGAGCCGACCCUACAAUCGCCGUUCAGGCAACUGGAUCAACAUCAUCAUCCAAGUCGUCCGCGUGCUCUCCGUGAUCUGUAUCUUGGUAUUCGUCCAGGAACUCGGUAUUGCGCAGACCACGUCUACGAUCACUGGCGUCGUCCUCAUCGUUGUGCAAUCCGUCCUCACGGGCGUCCUUGCGAUUUUGAUCCUGGUGAACAGCAUCAUCACCUGCUGCAAGGAGAACCCGCACAGGAAGCGCAGAAAGGAGGCCGCUAAGCUGUCUGAUCAACAGCGCGAGAUCGAGGGUGAUGCGUUCCUCAUGGAGCCUCAGCCAUACAGCAAUUCUCCGCCGAGGCAUAGGAAGCAGAUGAGCCAGAGCGAUAAGGCGUACGAGCCGAUGCGACCUGCGUAUGAGAGAGAGCAAAGCCAAGAGAGGGGACUGCUAGGUAACGCGGCUCCUCUCGGCAAGGGCGGCUACCACUCUGUCAACAGGAGCGAGAGCAGUGUCAGAGAGCCGACGCUGCCCGCACUGGAUUUUGGGAAUGGCAACAGUCAGCCAUAUCGGGAUGAUUUCAACUACAAUACGCCAAAUUAUCGGUACUGA